UCAAGAGCGGUGGCGAAUUUCAAUCACGAAAGCCUUGUGUGUUCCCUAUUUAUUCUGUAAUAUUUUGAUAGUGAUUUUCAUAUUUUGAUAGAAAUGACUUGACCUAUGUUUGAAUCAUUAAAUAUAAUGAAGUAAAUAAUUUCCCCAGAAAACAGUAUCUCUGGACUACAAGUUCCGCUUGACGUAUUUCCGUAACCUCUUAUUCACGAUCUUUGGUUGCACUUUCCCUCCCCUAACCAGAAGAUGGCGCCAAAAUACAGAUUAUGUUUUUGUAGUUUGUAAAUCUGCUUUGAUUAUUUAUUGCAGUAGCAAAAUAACGAAUUGGUAAUUGACGAUGUUUUUUGAAGAGGGUGAGCAAGAAGUGUCUGAGAGCGGUAUGCUAUUUGUGAUUAAUGAAUUAUUUGUUUAUGUCAGUCUGCUCCGGAACCUUUGUUUGUACUGUCUGCCGCACCACUGGGACAUCAUUCGUUGACGGACUGUACACAAACCAGCGUGUGUUAGCGAGCUGACUCUCAGGAUAAAUGUAGAUAUAAUUGUAUUUCUUUAAUGUUUACCCUACUAACUCAAAUCUUGGUGUUAAUGUACAUAAUGGAAUAGAUAGAUUUUAACGCAUGAAGAUGACGGGUUUUUAGUUAGUAAUUAACCUACUGGUACUGUACAUCGGCUAACCUUCACACAUCACAUCUAAGUGAUCCCCUCCAUGCUGUUUGGAAAGGCCUGCAGAUUUGGUGGACGUGCCAGGUAUUGUGUUGUCAAACCUUUGGCCUGUCUUUUUACUACUUCCAGCAACAUGGCCAAGAGCAAGUUUGAGUACGUCCGCAACUUUGAAACAGAUGACACUUGUCUACGGAAUUGCUACAUCGUUGUGAGAUUGGAUGGUCGCAACUUCCACAAGUUUACAGAGCAGCACAAGUUUACCAAACCCAACGAUAUUAGGGCUUUGGGCCUGAUGAGCCGGAGUGCACGCUCUGUCAUGGAAGAGUUAGAGGAUAUUGUCAUUGCUUAUGGUCAAAGUGAUGAGUUCAGCUUUGUUUUCAAGAGGACGUCAACCUGGUUUAAGAGGAGAGCCAGUAAGCUUAUGACACAUGUGGCUUCCCAGUUCUCCUCCUCAUAUGUGUUUUACUGGAAGGAGUUUUUUGGCGAGGACCAGCCACUCUUGUACCCCCCCAGCUUUGAUGGACGCGUGGUCCUGUAUCCUAGCAACCGCAACCUCAAAGACUACCUCAGCUGGAGGCAAGCAGAUUGCCAUGUGAAUAAUUUGUACAACACAGUGUUUUGGACUUUGGUACAAAGGGGAGGACUCACCACAGUCCAGGCAGAGGAACGCUUAAAGGGAACAUUAGCUGCAGACAAAAAUGAGAUCCUGUUUUCUGAGUUUAAUAUCAACUACAAUGCUGAAUCACCCCUCCUCAAAAAAGGCACCACUCUCAUCUGGGAAAAGCGAGAUGAAACUGUGACCAAACGCAUGAAGCUGCCAAACGAAGAGGAGAGGGAGGUGGCGGUGACCCGCAGCAGGAGGCGGGUGCAGGCCCAUCACUGCGACGUUAUAGGAGAGCAGUUCUGGGAAGAACACCGCGACAUCCUGGAGGACGACAACUGCUAAUGGCUGCUGAUGGGAGAAAAUCCUUAACUGAAGUUCGCUUGAACGGUUGAAGUGGACCCAAACCAGCAGUUGACAGAUAGCCGCUUGUUGUUGACUACAUAAAAUCAAACAUGUCACUCAUGAGGCUCAGUGCUCCCUUGAAAGAGCAAUUUCUGAGAGUCAGGCCUUUGAUAACUGAUUUUGUGCAAUUAUCCUCUCACAGCCGGAACAUAUUCUUGCUUUCACAUAUUAAACUUCUUUCAUAAUGUUCCCUUAAAGUAGGGCGUUCUCUACUUAAAUUGAUGGUGAUGCCUGUCAUGUUCAAAGAGAGGCAGAUGAUUUCUAAAUCUUUUAGCAGCGUGUAUUGAGGACAAACAGCAGCUGCACCAGACAUUAUCAAACUCUUGUGCAUGAAGCUCUCCUAAAGUUCCUUUUACAAAAAUAUAUAUCAUUUGAUAAUGUUUAGGAUAAUACCAUCAUUUGAUCUUUCAGCAUUUUUGAUAAAUAAUUCCUCUUGACCCACUGUUGGCCUUUGUUUAAAUCUCGACUCUCCUUUUUUGUUCAUAAAGCAGAGUUCUUGUGGUUGAGUUUGAAUGAUUUGGGAAGCCUAUUUGCAAAGUGUUCAAUUUCACUUACAGUUUGUAGUAAGGUGGAGCAUACUUGAUAGGAAUAAGCAGAGUAAAGCAGAAACUAAUACCUUGGCAGGAACAAGUGGUCUUGUCUUGCAGCCAGGAUGCCAUUUAGAGAUGUGAAUGGAUUUGGCGGCCUGCACUGUCAUCAGUGCUAAGAAUACCUCACACACCCUGCAUACACUCUAUCCUCUGACAUGUGCUCCGUGGCUAAUUUAUCAUCGCACUUAUAAAUGACCGGCUCAGUAUGAAUGGCUGCUGGAGGAUUGAAGUGGACAAGCCAACUGUAUUUUAAUACUGUAGUAGGCUCAGUUAACGUUGAGAUUUAGAGCUGUAUUUUUGGUCUCUAAACAAGUAGCCCUCUCUACUGUACUUUAUGUAACCAGGAUUCAAAUCAUUCACACUUUAACAAAUCAUUUUACAGUAGCUUGCAUGUUUUAAUCAGUCCUCUAUGGUUUUAUGAACAAUAACCUGCUUCAUUUUAGAUUUAGGUACAAAAACACAUUAUGAAAGCCGAAGUUUCUCUUUUCUUAAGGACUUUUUCUGUAUGCUUAGGAUCAGAUCCCUGGGAACAGUUGCCAACAUUACAAUGACUCAACAAAUGCCUUUAUUGUAUAGGAGGUAUCAUAGUAACCAGAACGUGUUGAGGCAAGCGGUGUAGUUAUUUAAAGAGAGCAUGUGUUUACAUGCAGGGUCUAAACUUAAUCCCAUUGGGAUACUGGUUGAAAAAAAACAGGGAAUACUCUAAAGACCUACAAUAAUAUUGUACUUUAAUAGCGCUUGUAAAUCCUUUCCUGUCCUCACUUCGUUUAGGUAAAACAGCCACUGGGAAGUAAGCCGUCUUUACAUCUUAUUGCUCAACCUUGGCUCCUACAAAAUGAUGUUACAAUACAACUUUACUGCAUUCUUAAUGAAGGUUUGAGGGAAACAUAUUUUUUGCAAGAUUACGGUUGCAUUUACAAACAUGUUGUUAGUGUAGUAAAUUGAAAGAAAACAGCAUGCAACAAACCUACUUGGUAAUGUGAAGGUAACACACAAUUCCUUGGUUAUUUUCUGUUAAAAAUUGACUAACUUCAUAAUUUUCCUGUUUUUGUCUCUGGCAACAUUGUGAAAAUGCAGCAGUCUAGUAAAAGAAGUAAAUUGUAAUCAGUUUCAUAGAAACGAGGAGUAAUACUGUAAAAACAGUGGACGUCUUCAGCAGCUCUGAAGUGGGAGAAGAUAACCGUGAUGAUGUCGCAUUGAUGUCAUCACCGUUAUAUCCGCUUGGUCUUGGAAAGUACAAUGUCUUGACAAAAAGUAUGCAUCACAAAAAUAAUAGGAUGUAGGCUUUAAUCAGGCAUGGAGGGUCCAAUGAAAACUAAAUGUUGCAUGAUGGGAAAUGUAGGAUCCAGAUGAGCCCAAAGUAUAGUGUGAUAACUAAGUGUGAUAUCUUAAUCUCUACUGCUACAAUUUCGAAACAUCUUUUUAAUCUGCCUGUUAUGAGUACGCCAACUUUAUCGAAGUACAAAAAUAGAAUUGCUGGAGGCCUAUCCCUUUAAGAGAUAGGGCUAGCAAAUGCAGAUAGUCCUUAAGCAACCCCUUCAACUAUGUAAAACUGCUUCGUUUUUGACUGACUAUUAUCUGUUUGAUGCGUUUUAAUAAUAAUAAAGAUUAAAGACA